UUUACAAGAGUGGUAACCAAAUCUAAUCCACGACCCCUUCCCCUUGAAAGGAGCAACAUGCAUGCGCAGCCGCAGCUGCAUGGAAAGAGCGUUUCACUCCAUUUUAUCACACGCGACGGCGCCCGAACGUUAUGAUGAAAUCACAUGUCUUUAAAAAGGGUGGGAGGGAGUGGACAUAAAUAAGAGAGAGAAAAGAAUGAGGAGGGGAGCAGGCGUAGGGCAAGGGUAGUUUGGUCACGAAAGAGGGGAGGUGGGUGUACCAUCCUUCAUCGAUUGUUACUCCGAUCAAAAGAAUUCCCCAUUUUCCCCAUUUUACCCCUCGCCUUCCUCCUCCUACCCUCGUAUACAUAUACUGACCCAGACCAACUUCCCCCACCCCUACCUCUUUCUGCUCUGAAUCUCUGUCUUUUAUUCCGAUCAUCAUUUUUGAUCGGAGUCGCGCCUGGAUUCUCUUUCCUAUUCCUCAUUUUGGUUCCGAGUCACGCCUGAAUUGUAAUCAAUUGGUGGAGAGUUUAGGCGACCAUGUCCUCGGCCGCCCCGGCACAGCAGGUGGCGAUCCAAAAGGAGAAGAGGAAGCCGCGAGCAGCUGCCCUAAAGCUUCCCAUCAUCCCAGCCCGAGAGGAUCCGUUUGCCCCCAACAACCACCAUAAGGGCCAGCCUCGUGCUAUGCCCCUCCCUCUCCCGCCUUCCUCUGAAGUUGCUCUUGAGGAGCUUGAGAAAGUGUGCCGCCUGGGCAGCGGCAGCAGCGGCAAGGUCUACAAGGCGCGGCACGUUCACACGGGGGCCAUCUAUGCCCUCAAGAUCAUCCAGGAGAAGCACGAUGCGCAGGUCCGGCAGCAGAUCAAGCGCGAGAUGGAGAUCCUGCGCCGAGCCCUCAACCCCCAUGUUGUGCGCUGCUAUGGGGUCUUCGACCGAGGGGGUGAGAUCUCCUUUGUCCUCGAGUACAUGGAUGCCGGCUCUUUGGCAGAUGUCCUUGCCGCACACCGCCGCAUCCCCGAACCCUUCCUGGCCCGUGUUGCCGCCCACUGCCUCCAGGGCUUGCUCUACCUCCACAAGAACAAAAUCGUGCACCGUGACAUCAAACCCUCGAACCUCCUUAUCAACCGACGCCGGGAGGUGAAGAUCGCCGAUUUCGGGGUGAGCAAGGUGCUCGACAGCACCCUCGCACAGUGCAACUCGUAUGUGGGCACCUGCGCGUACAUGAGCCCGGAGAGGUUCAAUCCGGAUGCGCAAGAUGGCCACUAUGACGGCUGCUCCGCCGAUAUCUGGAGUUUGGGGCUGUCAUUGCUGGAGUGCGCCAUGGGCCGGUUCCCGUGCUUGCCCCCAGGGCAGAAGCCCGACUGGCCAACACUUAUGAUGGCCAUCUGUAUGGGCGAUCCGCCCGCCCCACCCGCCGAUUCCUCUCCGGAGUUCCAGUCCUUCAUCAGAGCUUGCCUCCAGAAGAACGCCUGCUUGCGGCCCUCCGCCAAGCAUCUUCUCACUCACCCCUUCCUCACAAAAUACAAGGAGAAGGACUGUGACCUCUCCCCUCUGUUGAAAUCCCUGCAAUUGUAACAUUUAGGCUAGAUAGAGAGAGAGAGAGGGGCAGAUCUGCAAAGCAGAUCAAAUUAAUUCUGGUUCUUCCUCUUCUAAUUAUAUAAAUAGUGAAAAACAGGGGAGAGAGAGAUUGAUCUGCAAAA